UGUUUAAUCAGAAUGGAGGCAUGGUGAUCAGCAGAAAAGGACACAUCAUGAGAGAGUGGACGUGGCCUUCAAAGGGAAAACUUGAAGAUCCAGUUGAAGUUGGGGUGAAUAACUUUAUUACUGUGAAGAUUUCUGGGCGCUUUGCUAUCACUUUGGUCUACAAAUGGCAUCCCAAAAGCCUGAAGCUGUCUCUAGCACCUGUAAAGCACAAAUUUUUGCCUCUAUGUUUAGCUGACAUGGAAUGGAAUCGAUAAACAUUUGCCAAACACCUGAGUUGCCACAAAAAGUGACCAUCAAACAAAAGGUCUCUUUAACAACAGCUCCUCUGAAACAAGAUAUAAAUGAAAGUUCUAAGCAUAAGGAGUAUCUUCAAUGUCAGUAUACCUUCCAACCACUGAAGAAUGUCUUUAAGCUUUCACCUCCUUGUCGAAUUCAGAGGGCCUUAGCUAUCAAUCAGACCUCCCGGUUUUCUCUUCCCAAUGACAGAAAGGAUUCAUGUUUUGGUUCCCUGCUGAUUUGUCCUGUAGUCCUGAGGCAAACACUGUGUGGAAAGGAAGAGGAUACAUGCCGAUGUAGCCCUUACAGCAUUCCUGAAGUGACAGAUCUGGAGUAUGAUAACCUUAUAAACAACCAGCUAGCCUCUACAGAUCAAAUUAUAAUCGUCUAUGUAUUCUCAGCUAAGGAAAAGGACAAGCAUAUCGAAGAAGUAACUAAAGUAUACAGAGAACUAAAUAGAUCCAGAACCAUGCCUUGCAUUCAGAGUCAUUUGGAUCCCUUUCGGUUGCUAAAAUACAACAUCUUGUCAGCAUCUAAAUUUACAGGCAGUGAUUGUCCACUUCUGGUUCAAAGACACAAUAUCACCCCAGGCAUUUUUUUGAUGUACAUUCAGGGAAAAUUAGUAUUUGCCAACUUUAUUUUCAAUGGCUAUAGCACAUCUGCUAAAGACCUUCAAAAACAAAUCGUGAAGACAAAGAAUGAUUAUCGUAUGGGAUAUUUUCUUCCUAAAGACUAUAGGAUUGGGGCUUAAUCUACUUCAUGUCUUGGAAAUGAAGACACACCUCCUUUGAAAACUGAAGAAAUCUUACCAACUACUAUCUGAUUCAAAUACAAAAAUACAUACAAAAUGCUAACUCAAAUGGACUGGUUUUAAUCAGAGCCAAAGAAUUGUGGUAUAGAAUAACUUAAAGGAAGUAUGGAAACAAAAUGGUUAACAUUGUGUUAUAGAAUAAUCAUUCUUCUAUUUGGUAAACAGGUAUCUAACUCAGUAAUUUCACUGGAUUAAAGAGAGUAAUGUAACAGGUGCUGGGUAAUAGAUACCACAAAAAAAUCAUGCACUAAGUAAACUUCUUCAGGUUUUUCUGCUUCAUCUUUUUACUCUUACCUGGUAGACAGUUCUAACAAGUUUAGUCAUCUGGUCUCCAAAACUAAAGCAGAUCAGAAGACACACUAUGAAGGUAGAGAAAGGCUACUACUGUUCGUUACAAACUCACUUAAGCAAUGAUAUAAAUGGAGAAUCAGCACAACUAUCAAAAGCAAAACUAAAACAGGUCUAGCAGAAUGGAGCCAUUUUGGUACAGGAACAAAUAGUUCUUAGAGUUUAAUUAGUUCAUUAGGGCAUAAUAACUAACAUUAAUAGUGUUAAUUUUAAUAUCAAAGGACUAAGCUAUAUAUAUUAAGAAAAUAGCAAAUCUGUAAGUUUUAGACUUCCUUUAGAAGUAAGUACAAAAUAUUUUAAUGUUGGAAGUUUAAGUUCAACAGAAAACGGAUUUCUAAAAAGAGUAAUUUUUCAAAUGGCCAAGUUAGUCAGUUCUUAGUAAUAUUUGCCUUGUUUAGCAAAUUUUAUUACAGAACUAAGCAAACCAAAGAACAUUAAACUGUCCAACAGAUAUCACAAAUCCACAUGCUUUACUGACAGAAAAAGCCCUCAGCUUUGUUUCAGACUACUUACUCUUGGUUUAGACAAUUCUAGCAAGCUUGCAAUCUGGUUUCUCAGUCCAUAGCAGCUUAGAAGCAGCACAUUAAGGACCUACUGCAGGAGGCAGGCACACAAGACAGCAGCAAAAAUGACAGCUGAUUACAGAGAAAAAUAGAGAAACUGUGAAAAAACAGACAUAAUUCAGAAAGCAAAGCAAUGUGAAGUCAUAGAGCAAAGGGGCACAGACACUAUACAUCUGAGCAUCCCUGAGGAGACAUAUAUCACCCAGUGAGAGGAGAUGAUGUUCUUAAAAGGUUAACUAUGUUCUGUAUACC